AUGCGGCGGAUCGUAUUGUCUAGCUCGGAAGUGGAACAGCGUUGGUGUUGUGCCCAUCGUAACUCGUCAGAUGAUAGUCCUAAGUGCUUCAUUCUACUGAUUAUAUUCGCCUGUUCUUUGGGCCCAUUCUUCUUCUGCAAUGUGACAAAGACACGUUGGCUUCAAAUUGGCACAACGAUCGCCCGCUGGGUCUCCAUCAUUCUUAUGUCCUCCAUCGCUAUCGCUCGCAUCAUAGAAUUUCCAGAGGUUCCUCGACUCGAUCACCACCAACUUCCCACUUAUAUGAGCCUUCUUAAUACUCCUGUGCGUCCCAACCCGCCAAUAGCUAAUUUUGCCAAGCUCCCCUCUGCUUUUGGGGUUUGUGUGUACUCUUUCAUGUGUCACCACUCCCUGCCCGGCAUCAUCACUCCCAUAAGCAAUAAGCGACGCCUCUUCGUUACCAUAAUGCUUCCUGUCUACCUUAUCAUAUUCGCCUGUUACCUUCUCCUAUCAGGCACAGCAGUAGCUGCUUUUGACUACAUCCACGACCUGUACACUCUCAAUUUUGUGCCUACAAGUGACCCCAGCCUGCGUCCCGGGUGGCUCCUCCUGCUGGCAGAUUACUUUCUCGCUCUGUACCCAGUUUUCGCGCUCUCUUCAAGCUUCCCUGUGAUAGGAACAACACUAACCAACAACCUGCGCUCUCUCUUCCUGCUACUUCCGUCUGCGCGACGCGGACGGCUUGUCGUGAGGUGGGGUGUGCCUUUUUUGGCAUUGGUACCACCCAUCCUCUUUUCGAUGGCGGUCAAUGAUGUGGGCGAGCUUGUUGGCAUAACAGGGGCCUUCGGUGGCAGCGGAAUUAUGUACAUUUUCCCUGGAGUACUGGUCUUCUAUGCGAGAAAAGCACUGAUGAUUAAAGUUCAAUCACUAACCCUAAAUGAUGAGUCUGUAGCGGGCGAUCAGCCAGGAGUGAUUGUGGUCAACCCCUACCGGUCACCAUUUUCUCACUCUUUGUGGCUCAUCUUAGUGAUCCUUUGGGCCAUUUCAUGCUUAUUUAUCGUGAUUCUGAACAAAUUUAGUGUAUUAUGA